UGGAGCACACGGCAUUGCAGCCCGAUGGUUCUGCAACAUCUCCAGUGAGGGAAACUCCACAGCCUCUCUGGGCAGCCUGCUCCGCUGCAGUGAGUUGAUGCCUUGUGACGGUCUAAUCCCAACCCGGUGACUCUACAAAGCUUUCGCCCGGCUCCCUUGCUGCUCCACUCCGGCCUCGCCAUCCCUGCAUCCAUCUCAGCUCUGCGCGCUCGCCUUCUGAGGACAGCUCAGCUUUUCCUCUUCCUGUGUCCUGCUACCAACAGAAGACAGAGGACAACAUGUCUGCAGUGACGGGCACGUUCCGGAUCGUGUCGGAGGAGGAGCAGGCCCUGCGCACCAAGCUGGAGCGCCUCACCACCAAGGACCAUGGGCCUGUCUUUGGGAGGUGUGAGAAGAUCCCUCCACACACCCUGCAGAAGGCAAAGGAUGAGCUGAACGAGACGGAGGAGAAGAGGGAGAUGGCAGUGAAGGCGCUGCGGGAGCUGGUGCAGGAGCGGGCGGGCGGCGAGGACGUUUGCCAGAAGGUGGCCGAGAAAGUGAAGGACAAGGAUGACUCCUUCUUGCUCCGCUUCAUCCGUGCUCGCAAGUUCGAUGUGCACAGAGCCUAUGACCUGCUGAAAGGCUACGUGAACUUCCGCCAGCAGUACCCCGAGCUCUUUGACAACCUGAGCCCCGAGGCCGUGCGCAGCACCAUCGAGGCCGGCUAUCCCGGCAUCCUGGCCAGCAGGGACAAGUACGGACGGGUGGUGAUGCUCUUCAACAUCGAGAACUGGGACUACGAGGAGAUCACCUUUGAUGAGAUCCUUCGUGCCUAUUGUAUAAUCUUGGAGAAUCUACUGGAGAACGAAGAGACCCAGAUCAAUGGGUUCUGCAUCAUUGAGAACUUCAAGGGCUUCACCAUGCAGCAGGCAUCCGGGAUCAAACCCUCUGAGCUCAAGAAGAUGGUGGACAUGCUGCAGGACUCCUUCCCAGCACGGUUCAAGGCCGUCCACUUCAUCCACCAACCUUGGUACUUCACCACCACCUACAACGUGGUCAAACCGUUCCUGAAGAGCAAACUGCUGGAGAGGGUUUUUGUGCACGGCGAUGAGCUGGAAUCCUUCUACCAGGAGAUCGACGCUGACAUCUUGCCAGCAGACUUUGGUGGCAACCUGCCCAAGUAUGACGGCAAAGCGAUCGCAGAGAAGCUCUUCGGGCCCCGCAUCGAGUCUGAGGACACGGCUCUCUAGAGCGGGAGCCUGCAGCCCUCCCCAUACCGCAGCACCAGGGGAGGCCCUCUAACCCCAGCCACCUCCCUCCCGUAGCAUUGGUUGAGUGACUGCUCGUGCUGAGGCGCUCCAGGCGUUGCUCCAUGCCUCUCCCUCCUGUCCCCACUCCAGGCAGUGGUCUGUCCCUCCCAGGCACAGCAUCCUUCCCUCCGGAGCCGGUGGAGGAAGGAGGCCACCAGCCCUCUCCCACGACAUUUCCUGGAGCUGCGAGGGGACAGGAGAGUGUCUCCUCUAGAGAGAGGGAGAAAUAAAG